AUGAUUUCUAGCGAGAAAAAUUCUUCUCUUUCUCCAGCAGAAAACUGUGUCGACGCAGAACUUUUCGACAAGUGCGAGAAUCAGUGCAAACUCGACUAUUUCUCAUGUCUUUCAAAUUGCGACUCGUCAAUUUGUCAAAAUAGCUGCGCCAUUGAUUUCGCAGCUUGCACAUCGGCUUGUCCUUGCGGAGUUGACUGUCCGAACGGUUGCGAUGGAGAAACCGAGUUAAAAGAAGAAUGCGAGGGUUUCUGCCGAGUGGAUUACAACCGAUGCCGUAUUCUCUGCGAAUCGGAAUACUGCGAGUCUAUUUGCGAGCGAGAAUACCAAAAUUGCCGCGACGAUUGUCCUUGCGGAAAGAACUGCGAGCAAGGAUGUAUCAACUGCGAGAAUCCAAUUUGCCCGCAGAGCGAUCAACAUAUCCUCGUUCUUGGUUUCGAUGACAUGGCGAACUCGUACGUUCUCUCGGGAGAUGGGCUUACCAAGAACUCGGCAUUCAUCACUGCUUCUGAAACAAACUACGCAGAAUUAAGCGCUUUCGCUGUUGUCAAGGGAGAAUCGUACAUUUUCGGCGGCUCCAGCGAUGACAAAAAGAUUGCAAAGAUAGAAGGUUGUUCAUUCGCUGAACUAUCAGUUCGACUUAACUUCAGAUUCCAGAUUGGUUCUUCUGCAAUCGAAAUUGAUUCCGGAGAAAGAGCGCUGAUUUGUUUUGACUACUCGACUGCGAAAAAGUGCGAAAUAUUCGACACAAGCUCAAUUGUAACUACGCAUUCAUCCGAGUUCUCUCAUCGUUAUGGCUCUCUUGGCUACUACCAAGGUCAGCCAACGUCUGUCGGAAGUGGGUUCGGCGGCGGCUUCCGAAAAGUCGAAACUUACUCUUCGCUUGGAUGGUCUAGUCUGGCUGAGCACCCUAAAGAUACAUACGGGCACACUCUUACGGGAUUGGAGAGUGGAGCAAUGGUGAUGGCAGGUGGAUAUGAUCCGACAUCUGAGCAGUAUCUUCGAGAAAUUUGGCUUUUGAAGGACGAAAUGUGGACGUCAAUCGGACUUCUCAAAGACCCAAAAUACCGCGGCUCAGCGGUGAAGAUCGGCGAGUUCAUUUUCAUCGUCGCCCCUCGAUCCUUUUCCCCCUCUCCCAACGGCCCCCGCCUUAUGGAAAGAGUAACCAUCCUCAGCGACACAAUAAUCGAGACAGAAAUCAUCGGAAGCCACGAGUUUCAAAGCUACAACUCGGUGAUUUUUCAAGUGAAAGCUGAUUUCUGCAUAAAACCAAUAUUUUAA